ACAUAAACAAGUUGAUCCACCGGAGGCUCUGGAGAAAAGCUUUAGGUUGAGUAGACAAGGAAAACAAGGCAGCCGCUGAGACCGACAUGUUUUGAGAAGCGUUUGCGCCGGCGGCGUGAUGAAGGCGGCGUUUGGAGCCAGACGAAGGCGGCACUUAGGACGAUUCUGUGUCUGUGGGGCUGGAUUGAUUGCCUUCACCUGGCUUGCCCAAAUACUUCAAGUAACAGAGUUCUCUACUCCCUCCACUGAGGGUGCCGACCCUGGCUGGUCUAGUAGGAGUCUUGCGGAGGAGAGCAGGGUAGAGAACCAGACCAGCAUCACACCGAGAUCAGCCAUCCAUGAGUUCCCAGAGGAUGUCUUCACCAAGGAGCAGAGGAGGCGUGGAGCUCUGCUGCUGCAUGCUGUCUGUGUUGUCUACAUGUUCUAUGCCCUAGCAAUCGUCUGUGAUGUUUAUUUUGUUCCUUCUCUGGAGAAAAUCUCCGAGAAUUUGCACCUCAGUGAGGAUGUGGCAGGAGCCACCUUCAUGGCUGCGGGAAGCUCCGCCCCUGAGCUCUUCACCUCUUUGAUUGGUGUGUUCAUCACUAAAGGGGAUGUGGGGGUGAGCACCAUUGUGGGCUCUGCCGUCUUCAACAUCCUGGUCAUCAUUGGAGUAUGUGGGAUAUUUGCUGGACAGCACUGUGGGGGUCCAGGGCAGCCGUGCCUUCUCAGCAGCCUGCGCAGAGACGGAGCGGUGGGAGAGGCAGGCCCACACAGCGACACCUCCAUGAUUCUGCUCAAGAAAGGCCAGAGUCCAGUGCAGGAGUGUCCGGUGGUGAUGGUGGACGAGAUGCUGAGCCAGCACCCGCACACCUUCUCCUUCUCUGAGGCAAGCCUCCGUAUCAUGAUCACGCCGCACUUCUCCCCCCGCACGCGCCUCAGCAUGGCCGGACGCAUGCUCAUCACCGAGAGGCAGAGGUUGAUCAGGAACAGCAGUGGCGGAGCCGGGGACACCCCGGGCUGCGAUGGCCCUGCGGCGGAGGGGGUUCCCUGGGCGGUGGAGAACGGGACCACCUUGGAGAGCGAACGGACGCCCCUGGAGGACCCCCGAGAGAAGGGAGAUGACAGUGGGGGGCCAGAGGGGGCCCUGAGUGUGGUCGACACGCAGCCCAAAGAUGAUGAGGAAGAGGAGGAGGAGGAGGAGAAAGUACAGCCGUUCCAGCCCUUGACCCUGCCAGAGGGGCGCUGCGAGCGGGUGAAGUGGCUACUCUCCUGGCCCCUGAGCUUCCUGCUGUACUGCACUGUGCCUAACUGUGUGCUCCCGCGCUGGGAGCGCUGGUUCAUGGUCACCUUUGUGGCCUCCACCCUCUGGAUAGCCAUUUUCUCCUACCUCAUGGUCUGGAUGGUCACCAUUAUCAGCGUCACGCUGAAUAUUCCUGUCGUUGUCAUGGGGAUCUCUUUUUUGGCGGCAGGCACAAGCGUUCCUGACUGCAUCGCCAGUCUCAUAGUUGCCCGACAAGGUAUGGGGGACAUGGCCGUGUCCAACUCCAUUGGCAGUAACAUCUUUGACAUCCUUCUGGGACUCGGAUUCCCAUGGUUCCUGCGCACUCUGGUGGUGAACUACGGCUCAGUUGUGUAUAUCAACAGUAAGGGGCUGGUGUACUCUGUCAUUUUACUCCUUGCUUCUGUGUUUCUCACUGUUCUCUGUGUGCACCUGAACCACUGGAAACUGGACCGGCGACUGGGCCUGGGCCUGAUGUUUCUCUAUGCCAUCUUCCUCCUCUGCUCCAUCUGCUUUGAGAAGAUUUAGCCAUGACACUUUCGGUUCCCUAAAUCCGACUCCUCUCUCGCACACUUCCUCUCUUUGGCCUAAAGUAUUUCAGAUAUCCUAAUGUACGUGCGUGGGAAAAGUGCUACUCCAGAGACCUCAGAUGUGAGUGGAAUUAAGAAUAGAUUAGUUAGAUUUAGUCUGAAUUCCUCAGUUGAUUUACACCAAACUUGUUAUGUGGGAUCACUUGCAGCUCCUCUCUUCAACAAAACUGUUCUGUUGAUUUUCCAUGUAAAGAAAUGGCACUCUACUUCAGGCGUUUAAGGUAGACAUUUUUUUUGUUUCAUUUGUAUUUUUAUUGAUCUGGAAUAACUAGAAAUUGAAAUGCUAUUAAUGGAUGAAAUGACAUUACUGAAUCAUUGACACUGAUGAAAAAACUAAACUAAACAUGUUAUUUAUUUCUUACUCAUUUUGGAUAAACAGGAAAUCAUCCAAAGCAUAGGUGUGCUAAAGUUCAUGUCCUACUUCUUUGAUAUUGACUGGUGGAGGACUGCAUGUCUUAACUUUAUGAAAGUGUAAAGACCAUUUUUCAUUGUUUAUAUUAGUGUUUUUAUUUACUGUGGUAGCUUAAUGGUGUCGUACAGAGCAAGACAUAACUGCCCAAUACAUAUAAUU